CAGACACAUGUGGAAUGGAGCUUCAACUUAAAGCAUCCAGUUUUCUCUUAACAGUUUCAAUCUUGUCCAUAGCUUCGGCCUUAAGGCCUACUGUCGAAUUACAGAUUCUUGAUCAACACAACCGUCUCCGGCGAGAGUACGCGUCCGGUCGGCACGGCGUUAGUGUUGCAAACAUGAAGAAACUUAAAUGGAGCUCCACGCUAGCGAACCGUGCAGGACGUCUCGCCAGGUGUCGAAACGUCAACCGACUCCUUCAGCUAGACAGAGCGAACCUUAACGUCGCAUUAUCCACCACAGCUAAUACCUCAGAGAUGGUUAAUUAUUGGUUUUCCGGCAUCGCAGAUUUCUCCCCCGAAUUCGGCGCAUGUGUACAGAAAGGAAUAUGUAGAUUUUUCUCCACGAUGAUGUCUGGUGCAAAUUACAGAAUAGGAUGUGCUGAGAGCAGUCCUUGUUGGACUGGCACAUCCAACCAAAAACUGUUUGUUUGUCUUUACUCUGGAAGCAGAUCUCUAGAACACCCUAUAUUUAGGACAGGAUCUCCGUGUUCUAAAUGUACGGGAGAGGCAUCAUUCUGUGAGGCAGGGCUGUGCGUUCCCUGUUCGAUGUCGGAAGAGUUAUGCGAUUGUCGUAAGACGUGCGGACUUGUUGGGGUUGGUUCUGGCUACUUGGAUGAGAGAACGUGCACCUGCGCAUGUGCAUACGGAAUGGGACCGAACUGUGAUGAACCUUGUGAGAAUCCCGAUCAGUAUGUAGACUGGGACGUGUGCGCUGACGUCACUCCUGCCGACUGUAGAGACCCGGAUGAGGACGUCAGGAAACUUUACGCAGAAUUCUGUCCCGCCAAAUGCACUUGCAGGAAACAUCCCGGAUCAUUAUGAGAGAGAUGUCCACUGCUCCAUCUUUGGAAGAGAUUGACUUCGAUUGUCAGCUAUUUCACAGUUUUGUCUGAACAGCAGCUCUGUCCACAUUUACAUCUCGUUUUCUUUAUCCGCACACAAAAUAACAGCUGUUCAUCUUAAGACACAGAUCAUCAACUCUAUCUACAGCUAAAGGUCGCCAACUACAUGUAGCUACAGUCAGUUGCACCGCCUGUUGUCUCAGGCCUACAGACUUCCAUCUUGCGACACGGUCCUAUAUACUGCCGCAGAUCUCCAGCUGAUCUCGCCUGCGCCUGACAUAUCACAUUGUUCACGUGUACAUUGUCUAAAAAAAGUGAAAUGCAAAUGAUGUAAGACAAGGAACGAGAGCACAUCUCGUAAAAAUCGAAAUCCUUGCAGUGUACAUAUUUCUGACCGCCAUUCCGCUUGUAUCGAAUGAACUGUUUGUGAAAAGAUGUUUGCAGAUAUGUAUGGAGAAUUAAUUUCCACGAAUGUUUAAUAUUAGCUUCAAAUAACGUGUUUUCGUUUUGGUUGAUUUGGGGAAUCUUUUCCCAGAUUUAUCUUACAAGUGCAAUUCAAUAGCGACAGCUACGUGAUCUUACUAUAUACGUGAAAGUGACCUUGUGCAAGUUCACCUCUUAAAUGUGGCCAUCGGAAGUAGAUGAUAGCAGAUUGCUGAUGGAUAUAUUUACUGAGGGCAUCCACAUUUGGGGCCUACAGUACUAACUACAGCCAAAUGUGCUGUUUGUUGGGUGUGAUUGUAUUAUAGGGCAUUGCGUUAAGAGGCUGAAUAAAGCUGUUUAUUUUACUAAACGUUGACAUUCUGGUAGUUUUCUCCCAGAAUUUUACAUUGGUAAAUUUAACCUGGAAUACUUCUGGAAUAAUAAUGUUACCAUGGUUAUUAUAGUGACAUCGAUGUUACGUAUAG